UGUUGUUUACCACAUUUCGUUUAUUCCGUGUGACCAGGUGGAAAAUGAGCAUCACCGACGUGCUUAGUGCUGAUGACAUUGCAGCGGCCCUGCAGGAAUGCCAAGACCCAGAUACUUUUGAACCCCAAAAAUUCUUCCAGACAUCAGGCCUCUCCAAGAUGUCGGCCAGUCAGGUGAAGGACGUUUUCCGGUUCAUAGACAAUGACCAGAGUGGAUAUCUGGAUGAAGAAGAGCUUAAGUUUUUCCUCCAGAAGUUUGAGAGUGGUGCUAGAGAACUGACCGAGUCAGAAACCAAGUCCUUGAUGGCAGCUGCGGACAAUGAUGGCGAUGGAAAGAUUGGGGCUGAGGAAUUCCAGGAAAUGGUGCAUUCUUAAAGGCCCCAGUCUUUGGAGUAAGGAGAGAAAGGGAUAAUCAGUUGGAAGGCCUCCAAAGCCCUGGGAAUGGAGAACCCCACAUCCUGCCCCAAUCUUAUUUAUAAUCUCCCCUGAAAAGCUUCUGCAAUUUGCUCAUUGUUUUAGCGAGGUAAUAAGACAGUCAUUCAUGACUUUUGGGGGUGGUGGGUAUGUCCUGAUGACUUCUGUACAGCCCUCCGCAGACAAUGCCUCUAAAAAUUACCCAAUAAAGACAAGUUUCUCAUCA